UCUUGAUUAUAAUACUUCUUAGUAGAAUCCUCUGGCACCAUAUCCUGCAAGUCCGACACCGGUGGCAUAUCCUGGGGUGAGAGUCUCGAAGGCUUCGGUUCUAUAUCCGAGUCUGUCUUGCUCAACUCCAAUUCUUCUGUCUACAACUCUAUCUUCUUCAAAAGCAACGGUCCUUGGAACAGCGUAUUGUUCUUGCCAUUCAACAGUUCUUGGGACUUCGUAAGCCUCAACAUGGGAAGCAUAUUGGGUUCUUGGGACAACAUAAGUAUCGUCAUAUUCGUAUUCAACAGUGUAUGGGUUAUGUACUUCUUCAGUCCACUCGUAGUACCUUGGGACAGUGUAAGCUUCUUCAUAAGAAUAAGUAUGUGGAACAAGAGUCUCGUCUACGACAGUGUAUGGAACGUAUUCAGCGCUGUAUACUGGAUCAACCCACUCGUAUUGAUGUGGGACCAUGAUUUCUUCAUCCCAUUCAACGGUUCUUGGAACUGGAACUCCUUCAACAUAUUCGUAGGUGUGUGGUACCAUGAUUUGUUCUUGGUAUUCAACAGUUCUUGGAACAGUGACUUCUUCAACAUACUCAUAAGUAUGAGGAACCAUGACUACAUCCUCAACCUCAACGUAUCUUGGCUUUGAAACUUCUUCAACAUAUUCGUAAGUGUGUGGUACGAAUAUUUGCUCAUCCCAUUCAACAGUUCUUGGUACAGUAACCUCUUCAACGUAUUCAUAAGUACGAGGUACCAUGAAUUCCUCUACAAUUUCUCUAGUUCUUGGAAUAUGGACUUCUUCCAUGUAGUUAUAAGUAUGUGGGACCAUAAUUUCUUCUUGGUAUUCAACGGUUCUUGGAACAAUAAUUUCUUCCUCAUAAUCGUAGACAUGGGGAACCAAGACAGUCUCUGGUACUUCGAUUGGGUGAUCAAUGACUCUCUCAUCAGUGUACUCGAAAGUGUGUGGGAUGUGCAAGUCAUCAACAUAUUCAUAAGUAUGUGGGGUGUGGUGCUCAUCAGUGUAAGUGAAUACAGCGUCUGGGAGUUUGUUCUCAUGCUCGCUUGUUACAUAAUGAGAAGGUGCUCUUGGUGCUGCUACUACUCCGACUGGGGCGAAUUCUCUAGCUCCGUAUACAACUGGCUCUUCGAUAACAGCUCCUCCGUAGAAUGGGGCAGCUCCAUAAACAGCUCCUUCAUAUACUGGAGCUUCAACAACAGCUCCUCCACGCCUACGUCCUCCGACGAAAGCUUCUUCAACAACUGGUGCUCUAACAACUCUUUCUCCAGCGAACCCUCUGUUGUAGAUUGGUCCGGCAGCAACGGCUCCUCCAACAACCGCUCCUCCAACGACUGGUCUUUCAACAACAGCCUCACCUCUGAAUCUUGGUGCUGAAUGAACUCCUCCAACUCUGGUGGCUCCAGCUGGAGCUCUAACUCCACCUCUGAAGGCAGGCUCGACAAUAGCACUUCUGGUAACAACCAAGAAGAUAGCGAGGAUCAGGAAGUAUCCUGUCAACUUCAUGUUAUUUUUAAAUUUAUUAUUAUGGAUAUUUAA